UUUUGCAGAAUCCCAUUUCAGCAAUGAGGUGGGUGACGUUUUGAUGGUCCAUUAAUUGAAUCCACUCGUACUAGAUCUUGGACUUAAACCAAACCUUUAAGAAACACAAAAUUCCUUUUGAAAUCCGAGUGAAACCUUGAAAAAAUAGAACCAAAACCUUGCUGUAUGUUUUUUCUUUUUCCUUUCAAGUUGAAGUAGAACUGAAGAUGCCAUCGCCAUCCUUCCCUCGAGAUGUUACAGAUGAUAUACUCCAAUUUCUUCCCGUUAAGUCUCUGGUGAGAUUCAAGUUGGUUUGCAGCUCAUGGCGCUCUUUGAUCUCCAGUCCCAAAUUCAGAAAAACCCACUUCAACUGGGCAUAUCAGAACCCUAAGCUCAGUACCCACAAAGCUCUUCUCUCAACAAAAUCUUCUGGUUUCAUGCUCUUAGACCCAAGAAGCCCUUUUGGUGAUAAUGGAGAUUCAAUGGUACAUCUGGGUUUUCCUUUGGAAAGAGAGGAGGGCCACCUCAGAAUUGUGGGUUCCUGCAAUGGCUUGGUGUGCUUGGUUCUUGACGGCAAAAGAGAUUUCUUUCUAUGGAACCCUUCCACCGGAGACUGCAAAAAGCUACCGGAUGCUUGUACUCCUCCUGGUGAUCGGUAUGUACAUGGUUUUGGGUAUGAUUCAUUAUCUGAUGAUUAUAAAGUUGUUUUGGUCUCUAAUUACGUACAUACGAGAACGUUUGAACUUGGAAUACUGGAUCAUAUUGAAUCAAAAGUUGCAAUCUUUUCACUGAGAAGAAAUUCCUGGAGAAUCUUUGAAGAACCAAAUAAGGUCAUCCAUAAACUCUUUAGAUGGGAUUAUGACUGUUUUCCUGGAUCGACUUUUCUCAAUGGCGCAAUCCAUUGGGUAAGUACCAGGACCAUAAUUGCUUUUGAAUUAGCAAACGAGACAUCUCAGCAAUUUCCAGUUCCUAGUUAUCGUGCUGGAUUCUUCAAAAUGGGCUUGGGGGUUCUUGGAGGGUGCCUUUGCUUGAUUUAUGGUUGCUUUCAUGAUCCCUAUCCUUUUGAGUUAUGGGUAAUGAAGGAAUAUGGGGUGGGGGCAUCUUGGAUGAAACAGUGUAGUCUUGUAAACCCAGAUAAUGCGUAUUCAAGCAAAGAAUUUUAUGCCCCCUUGUGUCUUUGCACCUCAGAAGAUGAUGCAUUUAUAUUAUUAAGGAAGAGAGGGGAAUUGAUAAGGUUUAAUGGACGAGGAGAAAUACUCGAAAAUGUUCAUAUCUGUAACAACUCAGAAAAGUGUGAUGGCAUUGAAUUUGUGGAGAGCAUGGUGUCUCCUAACUGAUCCCUCAUAAGGUAUAUUCUCUUGGCACUUUGAUCCUUAUGGCACUUACUAGGAAGUAGCGUUGGUAGCGAAAGAAUUGGCAGUCACAUAGGAUAUCAGAGUGAUUUUCCUCUAGGCAGAGUGGGGAUGCUGUUGCUCUGAAUCAGAUUGCUCUCUGUUGGAAUCCUACGGAUGGGGGAAUAACCUCAACUGUAAUGUACUUUCUUUCAAGUAUGUUUUUCCUUUACAUCCUUUCCAAGUCGGUUUCUUGACUGAUAAUGAGGUUGCUGACUUGGUAGUUGUAUUGAUGUAUAUUUGUUCUUGACCUCUGUUUUCCUGGUUUUCUCCCCCACCCUGUAACCUUAGAUUUCUCAUAGGUAAAGUAGUUCUCCCC